AUGAAUCAAAUCGUAGCAACCCUCAACUAUCACAUUCCGCGACGUCAAAGUCAUUCCUUGGGUAGCCUUUCGAUUCGAUCAAGCUCCUGUUUCGUGGUCCUGCUUUCUUUUGAAGUGGAGCCGGUUCCGACCAUGACUGUCGUCAGUAUGACCGAAAUUAGCGAUGUCGUCGAACCUGAGGGACGCGAUCGAAAAAGCUCGUCCGAGAAGGAAACCUAUUCUCUGGUAAUAGUGCUCAAAUCUCUAGUGUUAACCACCGUUAGUAACGAUGACCCUCGGAUGGUGGACAUUGGCCUGGUGCUGGGAGAAACUGAGGCGAAGCUCAAUGGAAAUCUGGAGUUUCUCAACGAUCAACGUCAGGGAACGGCUAUAAGCGUCCCCGCUUCAAGCCCUGAAGAAUUCAAGCGGUUUUUAACGAAUCGUGAUUUGCUCAUCACAGUUGGAAUCGAUUCGGAAGAGCUGGGUCGAUGUGAAGUUCCACUGGCAAAAACCAACCUAGCCUCAUUCGAUCCGCCUGAAUUUGAGCCAACCAUCAUCAACGAUACCUUUCCGAUUGUCCAAGAGUCCUUAGCAAUUGGAAAAAUUGAACUCGCUCUGAAAACCGAUCGCACCAAAUCACCAGCUGAUCCGGAUGGAUCGGAACCGGAAGAGGACGACAGCAUGUUGUAUAUUGUUAACGAUACUUCACCUCGUCAGUCCGAUGGAUACCAGGAAGACAUCAUGCGACAAUUGCUGACGUGCAAGAAGUGCAACGCACUUAAAAGCCCCAGUGAAGUAAGCUACAAGUACGAGCUGGUCAACGGAAUUCUGGUGAAUAAAGAAUAUCCGAAGAAAGAUCCUGAUUUGGAAACCAUGAAGCGGAAGAUCGAGCAGAUAGAACGUGAAGCUAAGUUAUAUCCGGUUGGUAAGGAGCAGGAAGUGCCAAAAGAACGCGAAGAUCAUUGUUUUUGUAACAAUUGUGGAGGUUAUUCAAUAACGGGCGCAACCUGUUCUGAGCGGAUGCCAGCACCAAAUGCCCCUAUGAUGGAAGCUGGAUUGCGGUAUCCGGAGGGAUCUGCUAAGCGUUUCAGUACAACCGGUGCUAGAGAAAUAUCGGAAAGCGUUGCACCCGUUUCAGAGCCUAAUUUUGCAUCUUCCAGGAUCGCAGAAGAUAGGUUCAACCAUGGUCGAUCGGAAAGCUUCCCAUUGCAUCCUAUUCAACAGCAGUCACCCAGGAUUUUUUGUCCAAAAUCCGUUGGUCAUCGGUUUUGUUACCAUUGCGGUCUCAACAUGGACUGGCUACCUCUGCACAGUGGUUGCCCCAAAUGUGGUUUCAGGGGCCCCGAAACAUUCCCUAACGAGGCACCCCCAACAUAUCACGAAACCACUCCAAACCGCCUUAACUCUUGGAUGGGCAGUCUGGAGCUGCCAGAAUGUCAACCACGGCGCCCCUCGUCAGGCACCCUUCGAUCCAUGUCAGUGAAUGAAAUGAUGAAGCCAUGCCCCAUCUGCCGACUUCGUGGUGGAUACUGUCCGGACUGUAAAAAGCGGGCAUCUACGGCACAAAAUCCACGCGAUCAAAACUCUACCACUCAAUCAUCCACUUCCGACUCUGAAAUGCUUCCUCGGCGCGUCAUGGAGAGACCUAAAACUAGACCGUCCCUACGGGAUAGAUUCAAUGUGUUCCCGAAGAAAGUAGACAAAGCUACUCGACUGUCUGAAUUGUUCAAAGCCUACGGAGAUAAGGAUACUACUCAGCCUGAUGUUUCGCAGCGACGUACAACGCGAAGUUCCAUUCUGUCGCUCAACGUUGAAGAAAUAUUGAAAAAGACGGACACCCAUAAAAGAAAAAUCGUCUCGGGUGGCGUUCAUAGCGUUGAACUUCGCAAAAUGAACUCCAAGCAAGAUACCUCACGAAAUGGCAAGGCGUCGGAGAAGUGUGACUCCCCCACUCAUGCGCAGAUUCGAAAAAAUCAACGAAGUUUGUUGCAACGAAUAAAGAAGCAAAACCGUGGAAAAUAUUCCUACCGCUAUGGGCAGCGUUAUCCAGGGAUUGUCAUCGGCCAUCGAGAAUGUAUCCAACAGGGACGACAAGUGCCCCCUCACAUGGGAUGGAUGUGGAACGUCAAGACGCUAGGAAUCAACAAAGUCCGAAAAGGAUGGCGGCCUGGUGCCGUGAAGAAACCGAUCAAAGAACUGAUGCAACACUUUUUGGUUAGCUAUCCGUUGGACAAUAUUCCCGUCAGCAAGAAAGGCGGUCGUAAUCUCAAAAUACCCGCUGACGCUUCAUCGCCUUCGAAGCAAAAGCCAACUCUUCAGAUUGUAAAGAAGAAUGGCGAAUACUGCAUCGUCAUGAACCCUUUGAAGGACUCGGCUUCGUUAAAAACUGCUCAGGAUCCGUACUUGGAUUGCGAGCCGAUACGAUUCAAACUUGCCAAGGAUCCUGACGUUGGUAAACUGUACCAACUUCGCGGCGCUCUCAAAGUGAAAGGUUUCACAAUGUGCGGUUGCCAAGAGCUCGAAUCUUGUGAACACAGAAGCGAAAAGGAAAAGAAAUUGGUCAAAAAAGAACUACGAAAGUUGUCCAAGUGCUUGGGCCUUCCGAAGACUACCGAGCUCAAGGAUGUGCCCAUUGACAGCGAAUCUGAGCUGGACCUGGAGUUCACACCUCCAUCUGCCAUGCUGAAAUCGGGGCAGCGCAAACCGGACGUCGUUUGUACGGAGACUCAAUACUCGGUAGAUGACUACAAGGUUCAGGUGCCAGCAGAUAAGUUGAAAUGCAAACCUGGUCGGGAAGAUCCUAACGAUGUUGGCAAGAACAAAGCAGGGCGAGGAGGACGAGGCGUGGACAAAAGUGGCAAAGAUGGUAAAGGGAAGGAUGGCAAAGGAGGAAAGGAUGGUAAAGGACUUGGAAAAGGCGGUGCAGGAGCUGGUUCGAAAACGGGUGCGGGAGGAAAAGCUAAAGCUGGUGCUGACUCCAAAGCUGGAGCUGGCGCAAAAGCAGGGACCGCAGGAAGAAACAAGGCCCAAAACAUCCACCGUCCGGAAGGAGGUCAAGUUGUGAUUAUGAAAGAACUUUGCAGAAGACCAGGUCCUUGUGCUCCCAGUCAAAUUUGUUCACCGGUUGCCGCUGUUUGCGGAUACCAGCCGAGCAACGCUUGCUAUGCAACCCAAUGCGCUCCUGUUGGUUGUUAUAAUUCCUGUUACACUUAAUCUGAGUUGUGAUUGCAUUUUUCGUUAUAAAUUAUUUGAUUGAACACACUAAAAGCUCAUAAGACAUUGACAAACAUUUG